AGAUAUUUCACUACAUGAAAAUUAAUGAGGCAGCAUUUGCUUAGUGGUAAAAUAUCUCUUAAAAGCAUGGAAUACAUCAUCUGUAUAGAGACAAAUUGUCAGCUAUAAAUUGAAAGUUUAACAAAAAAGUUAUGCCAGCUUUCUCAUAAAUGAAACAUGGAGAACCAGACCACAGUGCGUUACUUUCUGCUUCUGGAAUUCUCAAAAAAUCAGCAUUUUCAGCUUUUGCAUUUCUUCUUCUUCUUUGUGUUAUAUCUGUCUAUUGUAACAACAAAUUUUCUCAUCAUCUCUGCAGUUGCUUUUGAUCAUCGACUGCAUAGCCCCAUGUACUUCUUUCUCAUGAAUUUGGGUCUGCAGGAUGUGGGCAUUGUUUCAGUCAUUGUCCCCAAAUCCAUGAUAAAUUCUCUCAUGGAUACCAGACGCAUCUCUUAUUUUGGUUGUGUUACUCAAAACUUUAUCUUCCUUUCCUUGGAAGCUUCUGAUUUCUCCCUCCUGACAGUGAUGGCAUAUGAUCGGUAUGUUGCCAUUUGCCAUCCAUUGCAGUAUGAGAUGGUGAUGAAUUGGAAAUACUGUAUUGAAAUAAUAAUUGUAGUGUGGGUUGCCGGUCUGCUCUAUGGAAUGUUGCAUACCAUUGGCACUUUUUCCAUCCAUUUUUGUUCUAAUGUGGUCAACCAAUUCUUCUGUGAAAUUCCGCAAUUGCUAAAACUAUCCUGCUCUGGAUUAAAUCUACUUGAGUUUGGAAUUCUUGUGUUUGGUAUCAUUGCUGCACUAGGUUGUUUUACUUUUAUAAUUGUAUCAUAUGCAGUGAUCUUCAAGGCAGUGUUAAGAAUCCCUUCUGAACAAGGAAGGCAAAAAGCCUUAUCUACUUGUAUUCCCCACCUCACAGUAGUGACUAUGUUCUUUUUAAGUGGAUGCUUUGCCUACCUGAGACCUGCCUCUAACACUCCAUCUUACAUUGAUUUUUGGUUGACUGUUGUUUAUGCCCUCCUUCCACCUCUGUUCAAUCCAAUUAUCUAUAGCAUGAGAAAUAAAACUUUCAAAUGUGUCCUUUCUCAGCUGUGGAAACUGUGACAGAUUUUUAAUGUUGUUUAUAUUCUAUUCAGCAUUUUUUUUUUCAUUUUCCUGUCUUUUAUUUUCCUUCUGUGAAUAAAGGAAUAUGACAGAAAGGGAUAGUUGGGAUGGAGGCAAAUCCAACCUCUCAAACUUGAUGAACCUAUCACUCUUAUAUUGCUUAGUCAAUUUCCUGCAUCUCUAAUUACUAUCCACACGCUUUACAGAUGCUAAACAUGGAUGCUUGGCAGUUCCGGCAUUUUACAUGCUAACAAUUCCUUAUGUUUAGUGAAGUGAGUAUCAGGAUGUAAUGCGAUUGGGGGAAACACCUGAAAUGCAGAGGAGGUUUAAAUGAUGUGUUCUCUUUUCUUCUUUGCUUUCCUAUAUGAAAUGGCUUCCUACUAAUGCUUUAAGAAUAGACUGGAUUUCUGCUUAAACAGGGGAUUGGACCAGAAGUCAUCUAAGGUUCCUUCCAGCUCUAUUCUAAUUGAUUGAUUGGUCUGUAAUAUGGCUAGCUAAAGCUUCAGAUUUUCCAAAGUAUAUAGGCCUCUAUAACACUUUCCUUCUGAAAUGGUUAUUUCCUCACAAACUUUGAUAUUUUGUUCCUUUCAGUCAGCCUUAAGUCCUGGCAAUUGUGUCCCUAUAUUUUUCCUGGUAAUAUUUUUUUCAGAAGGGUUUGCCAUUGCUUCCUUUCAAGGGCUGAGAGAAAGGUACUGGCCUAAAGUCAUAUAGCUGGCUACAUUCCUAAAGUGAAAUAGAAGUUCCAGUUUUCUGCCUUAAUAUCUACAUCAUAUUGGUUUUCAGAUUUUUUUAGCUCAGAAUAUUUCUUUUCUUUAGAAGUGCUUUGGCAGGACCGACAUCUGACAAGAUGUGCAAGCUGUGUGAACUGAUACUCACACAAUCUUUUGAUAGCCAUGAGAAAUAAAAAAGCAAGAAAUUAAAUUAAGAGGAUGCAUAAUUCUUCUAGAACAUCAAAUAAGCUUUUGGAAGUCUUACAACUUAAUACAGAAUGAAAGAGAUAAGGCAUGUUAACUGGUCCAAUACCUGGAGAAAGGAAGAGAGAUAGAUCUACACCAAAGAUAAUAGCUUAUUGAAUUAUCUUUGAGAAAUAAUGAGUUUCAUCCAAGCUACUGGUAACGUAUACGAAAAGACAUAUCAUUAUUUUGUCACUUUCACAAUACUUUUGUAAAUGUACACAAAAUGGAAGAUUCAUCAUGUAUUUUGGGACUCUGUAUAAGUGUACUUGGGAGUACUAUAUACUUAUUGAAUCACUUAGAUGACAUCAGUAACUUACUUUGAGGAAGGUUCAGGGCUUUUAGGUAAAGAGAUAUGAAAAUUUCUCAUACAUUUAUAGUGUUCUAUUGAAUUUUGAAAUCUUGCUUACGUGCCUUUUCUCUGGAUAUUCCUUGUCUACAUUAUACUUAGCUGUUAAUGUUAUGAUUUUGCUCUGCUUUGCUGAAUAAACUCA